UUUAAUUCUGAGACAGAGCUGAAGUCAUUUGAGAAUGUUCCAAGUCAUUUUUUUGCCUGUAGUUUUUAAUUUCAUAUCACAGUAGCUGAUCAGAGCCUGACAAGGAACUGUAGGCUUCGGAUACAUUACCAGGCUUGUUUUAUAUAUUUAAUGCUGAAAGAGUAACCUUUUUACCCUUUUCUCUCCUCAUCUCUCAUGGGAUUUUCUAUACUAAUAUUGAUAUGCAGUGAGGGAUUUUUAAUAUGAGCACCUUGUUCCUGGAUAUCUGGUUUGUUGCUCCUGUCAUCUUGCUGUUUGUGACACCUGAAGCAACUACUUCAUGGUGGUACAUGGGGGCUGUUGGUUCCUCUCCUACUUCAUCCCGAGUAAUGUGCAAUAAUGUUCCUGGUUUGGUGACUCGUCAAAGGCAACUGUGUCAGCGUUAUCCUGAAAUCAUGCAUGUUAUUGCUCUAGGGGUUAGUGAAUGGACAGCAGAGUGUCAACAUCAGUUUCGACAUCAUCGCUGGAAUUGCAAUACACAUGAAAGAGAUCAAAGCUUGUUUGGAAAAUUAAUUUUACGCAGCAGCCGAGAGUCAGCUUUUGUUUAUGCCAUCUCUUCUGCGGGAGUAGUGUUUGCAAUCACGAGGGCUUGCAGUCAAGGAGAACUAAAGUCUUGCUCCUGUGAUCCAAAUAAAAAAGGUUCUUCUAAGGACAGCAGAGGCGGCUUUGACUGGGGUGGCUGCAGUGACAACAUUGACUAUGGUAUCAGAUUUGCUAGAGCAUUUGUGGAUGCAAGAGAGAGAAAAGGAAAAGAUGCAAGAGCCCUAAUGAACCAACACAACAACAGAGUUGGAAGAAAGGCUGUAAAGAGGUUCAUGACACAGGAAUGCAAGUGCCAUGGAGUGAGUGGAUCUUGUACUUUAAGGACAUGCUGGCUGACAAUGGGGGAUUUUCGAAAAUCUGGAGACUUAUUGCGAAAAAAAUACAAUGGAGCCAUACAAGUUGUUAUGAAUCAAGAUGGUACUGGUUUUACAGUGGCAAAUAAAAGAUUCAACAAACCAACUUCCAGUGACUUGGUAUACUUUGAGAAUUCCCCUGACUACUGUAUCAGAGACAGAGAUGCUGGUUCUUUUGGAACAGCAGGCAGAGUCUGUAACCAGUCAUCUCGUGGCAUGGACAGCUGUGAGGUUAUGUGUUGUGGAAGAGGAUAUGACACUGCCCGCAUUGCGAAAAUGGUAAAGUGUGAAUGUAAGUUUCACUGGUGUUGCACAGUGCGAUGCAAAGACUGUCUAGAGACUGUAGAUGUGCACACAUGUAAAGCAGCCAAAGAUGCUGGGUGGAACGACAAAAUAUAAGGCUACGUCCUCCAACAUUACUGACAACAUUAUGUACCAGAAGACUAAUCUUCAUGACAAGCAGUGUGGAUUAGAAGGGUGUUCUAUGCUUUAUUAAAUUAUAAUAAGUUAUGUUGUAAAUUAAGUCUUGUGAUGCCAGUAUUCAUGGAGAUAUAUAUUUGUGCUGUGAAGAUAUUUGAGGUGUAUAUUUACAGCAAAUCUAAGAGUAUGGUAUGUUUUGUUAUCUAUUUUAUGUGUCUUGGUAUUAAGCAUAGAAUAUGGUAUUAUUUUACACUAUGACAGUAUGUAUUAUUUUUUUUAGCCUGCAGAAAAGAAUGCUAUACAAAUGUUCACUUUGUAUUCUGUUGUCAGUAAUGGGAAAUGUUCACACACCAUAUGACAUGAAGAUAUGUACAUCACUAGAACAUGAUUCAAUUGGCUAAGCUCGGGACCUUUCGGUAAUCUCUGUUACUUCCCCAUAAAAUGAAAAAAGAAAAGAUUUUUUAAAGUACAUGGUACAGAAAUAAAUAAAAAAAAGAGCUGAAGUA